UCCAUUCUAAAAAAAAAAGAAGAAAAAUGAUUGUUUCCCGUGUGGGAGUUAUCCUUCACUCAGUGAGGCUUCAAAUACGUCGGAUAAUCCGAUGUAUGUAAGCGGACUUAAAACCAAGGUAAUAAAACGCUUUCAGGUUUUACCGAGGCUAAAUAUUAUUUCUUUUGAAGGUUCCCUGUCUGCACCAGACAAAUUAUUAGUGAGAAAAUAGAUUGACUUUGCUUGGAACCAUCUGAGUGGGAGGGAUUCUUGUGAAGGAGCCCAAGGUAGUGAGUUGAGCUCAGUGGCUAAAGUUUCCAAAAGUGCAGAGAGAGGACGGAGCGCAUCUCUGCCUGCGCCACCUGAUCAGCAUCUCCCGCUCUCCUAACACGAAAAGACGCAUCUUCCCACUGUUUUCAGGGAUUUUCUUGUUGCGACAUUUAAAACGAAACUUUGCCGAAUAUUUGAGGAUAUAACCAGGGGGAAGUUGUUGACUGGAAUCAGGGAUGGCUCUGUCUUUUCGACGCAGGUGUUUGCUGUUUCUGUGUUUGACAGCUAUCCAGAGCGGCCACGCCACUGUUCAGACAUGCAUGGAUAAGCACCAGGUGGUUGGGGUGCUGCGUCAGAUGGAGAAGUUCUUGAAAGGCCAAGAGAUAAGGUUUACAGAGGGCCUCAGGAUAAUGAAGUCAAAGCUGGCAUCGCUUCAGAACUCUGUCUCCAAAUUGCCUCAAGCUGAUCAGUCCGCUGCUCCGACCACCUGCCCCUCCCUGGAGGCCCCCGCUCACGGAACAAAGUUUGGCUCAAAGUAUUUUGUUGGACACGAGGUUCAUUUCAUUUGUUCCCAGGGCUACCACCUUGUAGGUUCUGCUACACGGGUUUGCCGGGAGAAUGGUACCUGGACUGGUGUCAGGGCAGUUUGUAAAGAUAUGAGUGUGUGUGCAAGCAAUCCCUGCCAGAAUGGAGGUACCUGUGUGGAAGGUGUGAACCAGUACAAAUGCACCUGUCCUCAGACCUGGAGUGGCUCUCACUGCCAGCACCAAACACAGACAGGCCAGUGCCACGGAACUCCGCCUGAGUGGAGUGUUAUGAAUGAUCCAGCAUUCAGCCGGAGACCUCGCUGCGCUCAAGUGAACCAAGCCCAACACUGCAGCUGUGACGCAGGCUUUCACAUGAGUGGCACCUCUGACAACAGCAUCUGUCAGGAUGUAAAUGAGUGUGAAGUCUACCGGCUGGACCAAGGAGGGAAACUGUGUGUCCAUGAGUGUGUGAAUGUGCCAGGCUCAUACCACUGCUCCUGCCCCAGCGGUUACAAGUUGCUCCCAGAUGGGCGGAGCUGUGAAGAUGUGGAUGAAUGUUUAAGCCGAAAGCACAACUGUAGUCAAGGGACAACUUGUAUAAACAUGGGGGGCGGCUUUCAGUGUGUCAACCCAGAGUGCCCACGCUCUCAUGGCAACAUCAGCUACGUUAAGACAUCUCCCUUCCAGUGUGAGAGAAACCCCUGCCCCAUGGACAGCCGCUCCUGCCACCAGGCUCCCAAGACCGUGUCUUUCCACUACCUGUCCCUGCCCUCCAACCUGCAGACCCCUGCCACGCUUUUCCGCAUGGCGACAGCUACCGCGCCUGGCCGCACCGGGCCAGACAGUCUACGGUUCGGCAUAGCAGGGGGAAACUCCCGGGGCAUCUUCGUCAUGCAGCGCUCGGACAGACAGACGGGUGAGCUGAUCCUGGUGCAGCAGCUGCGUGGGCCCCAGGAGAUCAGCGUGGACGUGGACAUGUCUGAGUACAGCGACCGCACUUUCCAGGCCAAGCACGCGGCAAGGGUCCAUGUCCUAGUCUCACCGUACAAUUUCUGAGAGCAAGCAUGGAGGACAGAGGAACUGUAGACUGUAACCCAAAGAGGAACAAGGAAGAGGGCACAACAGGCACAAAUUCACACCAACUGUCUGUUCAAACCCUUUUCAAAAAUUGGUUGCACAGUUUGUGGGGCCGGUAUGACAUCUUAAUUAUGGCAUGUGCUCAUUCAGUGUUCAGGCCCAGGCUGGAAUGAAGCACCCUGAUAUGAUGAAACAUCCCCAUUAACAUUAGUGCUCCUGGAGCUCUAAUUUAUUGGAAAUGCUGUUUUGUUUUUCUUUUCUGUCUUUUUUUUAACAGUAUAACAUACUAUAUGCAACAUUAUCACUGAUCAUAUACUCUAGACGAGUUUUUCUACAAGCUUGCCUCAUUUAAGUCAUAUAAGGACGUUUUUGAAACAGUAGCUGCACUACUGUACCUGAUCUAAUCUCCUCUAUGUUUCAUAUUCUGUAUAUUACCCAAGAAUAGUCCCAGUAUAUUCAAAAUCAAUGCUGAUUUGGCAAACUUGCCAAUGCACGAUUUAUCUGGAAUUUUAAUUGUCUCAACUUUGCUGAAAUAAAGUCAGUCCAAC